CAGGACACAGCAUUUGCUUUCAAAAUCGGCGGACAAGGCGGAAGAAGAACUUGUUCGAUACCCAUACAAGUCAGCCUAACUACGUUACACAAAUAAAAGUUUACUGUCAAGUCAUUAAACGCUACGUUAAAGCCACCUUAUCACAAUGAAAUUAUCGACAGUCUCUAGUUCCAGCAUGGUUAUGUUGUUGAGCACAUUCGCACUUAUGCUUGUAACAAUCUUUGCAGCACCAGUGGAAUCAGACGACGAACAAUUAGAAAACACAUUAGUGGCACGUCCCGAUAACGGGAUCGACUUAUCAGGACCCUGGGACUCUAUUGACACCGCUGCUUUGCGCAAACUACUUUUGCAGCUGGACUCUGAAGACAGGAUGGGUCGAGUUAGCCGUUCAUGGCCACAGACAGAACCCCGAGGCUGGGGCCUGCGGACUCUCGACGGGCGGCUGGCCCGACAAUGGCGAGCAGAUAAACGACAAGUCCGUUUUCGCCAAUGCUACUUCAACCCCAUCUCUUGUUUCCGCAAGUGAAGCCCCGACUGACUCCGCACUCCGCAGCGAUAAACGACGUCCCGCUACAAAACAUAGUUGUGUACAUGACUAAAGCUUAGCAACUCUUUGUAGUGACUUCUUUCAGUUAUAUCAAUGUCCGAUGCAAUAACAGAAAAAAGUAAAUCAUUAUAGUCUUUUAUUUUCUUUUUAGAAUAACUUUUAAAUCAGAUGUUACCUAGGGUCUACUAAGGAUUGUUAAAAACCUGAUAGAUUCAAUGCAAGUAAUAUUACUAAAAAGCGUUCGAUCGUGUUAUAAAGUUUUUUUUUGUGCUAGUGUUUUUAAACCUUAAUGUUUUUAAAUGGCUUUGCUUUAUAUCUCCAUCUGAGUUAUUUCUCAAUUGAUUUUUUUAUCUAUUAAGUAUAUAGAUAUGCUUCUAACAGCGUUGCCAGAUUAUUUUAUUGCAGAUUAUAUUAAAGAUGUUUCUCAUCGCGAAAUUCUGGAGUAUACUAUUCGUAUCUUUUUAUAUAACAGUACGAAUAGAAUAUACCAAUGAAGACAACAACAUGAAGUGAAGAAGGCGAGUGUAGAGAACAAUUGUUUUUGUCGGUCGCGUAGUUCUUUUUAAUGGGUGAGAAUGAAGAAUUAACUAAAAUGGUUUCCAGGGGGAAUCGUUAUGAUAGAACAUAAAACUGUUAAGCUUUAUUGCUGCCAAUAUAUUAGUAAUGAAACUAAUAACUCCUAAUAACAUGCUUAAACAUAGUACGACUAUAAACCGACACAAGUUCGCGAUGAGUAAAAUUGAACAAAAUCGUAUCAAUUUGUAGAAAAAAAUAUUAUCAUUUAAGUAAAUCAAUAAUUAAAAAUGGCAACGCUGCUUCUAAAUAGUAUUUCGCGGGCUAGCUCAUUUUGAAGGAAAUGUCAGGUUUUAAGCGAUCAUAAUAGACCCCUGAUAUGAACCUAUGUCCACUGUAAUGUAUGUUUACAUUACACGUGUAUUUUAUGAGUAUAUCCUAUAUGGUCCUCUUGUAGAACGAUUUUUCAUUUAAAUUCGUUUAACUGUAUAUUGACACCACUGUGUACUGCAAAAAUCGAUUGUAUGACAAAUAUGUCUCCAAAGACCUUUACAAGUUUUAAACUUAAACAAAUUAGUAGAAUUUACCUAUGUACCUGUUAAAUUUUAUAAAUUUUUUUUGCAUAAAAUUUCUGCAUAACUGUAAAAAACAUACAAUUUUCUCUACAACAAGUCGUAUAGUUCCUAAAAGUCAUAUAAAAAGACGUAAUCACAUAUAGGUCAUACAAAUAAAGGUCUGUAAAUAAAAUUUAAAUGAAAGUUUUUAGCCUAGAGUUUAGAAUGCUUAUAUGAAUCCUUUUAUCACAUUAACUUAUUUAAAUUACGUAUAAUUGUAGUAGGUAUAUCUAAUUAUAGACUUCUUAUAAAAAUAAGAUUUAUCUCGAUAUUUAAUUUACUUAUGCAUUUUGACUUUUUUUCAUAUCUUUUAUGUACUAUUUAAUAAUACAAUUUUAAUAAAAAUUACUGCAGAAAGAGUUAACAAACAAAAUAAUAAAUAAGUCAUAUUUAUUGUUCUUGUAUUGUCGUAUUAUAAUGGACUUUUUUACUCUUAGCUGUUUAUAGAAUAGCGACUUACAUAAUACAAUAUAAGCUUAUAUAGCUAUCUUAGUUACCUAGUAUAGAAUAAUAUCCUAAAAAUGUAUAAUACCAUAAACAUAUUAUUUGUUGAAUUUUUUUUUUGCAGAUACGCCUUGCUCUUUGUACUUACAUAAUGUAAAACUAGUACGUACUGUUAUAAUAUAAUAUAUAAAAACUGAUUUUUACCAACUUUAUGUCUGUGUAGUGUAACUAAUUCUAAUUACCGGAUCUUUUCAGUGAAAUAAAUUUACUGUUUGUCUAAACUGUG